GAGACCUCGAUCAAUACGCAGGAUGAGGCGCCGCCACCACCGGCAGUUCGGCCUGCCGAACGCUAACCAGAUCCUGCUGUGCAUGGCUGUCUGCACGUUUCUCUUCUUUGCGCUACUGCGGCGUCAUUGGCUGGAGUUUAGCGGAGACCCGGAGGUUCAUGCGUCGCUAAAGCGGGUCUACGUUGUGGGUGGAGGGUCUACAGACUCCAAGUCGUGGGAUAAGUUCUGCUCUGACGACUCGUUCGAGAUGAACGUCCCCGGGACGAAUCUGACCACGACAGUCGUGGACAUGCAGGAUGGAGCGGUGCUUUGUCAUCGUCAUAGUGGGGAGCUGAUACCUACGCUGAUGAUUUGGAUAUUAUCGGUGGCACUCGGUUGCGCUCUGCUGGGUACACUGUUCGCGGUGUACCUGCAACUGGGUAAUCCGACGAGAGAGAGGAUCUUCUGGAUCGGGAUGAUGCCUGGCAUUUUGCUGUUCGUCGCUGGGGUCCUGUGCUCUGCCUCGUUGCUUUUGUGGCAAAGGUAUUACCUUCGCUUCGACAAUGGAGACUGCUUUACUAUCACGGUAGCUGCUACUGUUAUUGCGUUGGCGGUGGCGAUCUCAAUGGUUAUUCGAUGGCGUUGGCCGGGAAUCUGCGCUGUGCUGAAUGAGCAACAAGCUUUAGGCUCGCGUUCUUACGGUGAUCAUUUACCACGUCGUCGUGGUCGUCGACAGGGCCCUACUGCCACCGCCGCUACUAUAACCACUACACCGGCACAUGAUCUCGAGGCUGCGGCAGUUCCACUGAAUCGUUGA